AUGCCGGAAAUAUUCGAUGACAAGUCAGAACACUGCAUCCCCUUCCUCCUGGAACGCUUGAAACAGCAUCAAGCCCGGUAUGCGAAUGAUGCCAAUGCCCCGCCGUUCUUUCUCGGAUUGAAUGGCGUGCAGGGUGUUGGGAAGACUGUACUCGUAUCAACACUCCAAAAAACUCUCCGAUCACCACCCUAUUCCCUCCCCACUGUCACCCUCUCCCUCGACGACAUCUAUCUCACGCACGCAGACCAAGUCGCGCUUGCUCAAUCACACCCGGAAAAUCCCCUGAUUCAGCACCGCGGUCAACCAUCAACGCACGAUCUGCCUCUUGGCCAGAAAGUCUUCCAAUCUCUCCGCGCAAACCAACCAACCGCCAUCCCGCAAUACGACAAAUCUGCUUUCGCGGGACAAGGCGAUCGCGUACCCGAAUCUCAAUGGGAGGUCGUCAAUCAGGACGGCGAGCCAAAAAUCAAAGCUGUGAUUUUUGAGGGGUGGUGUGUUGGGUUCAGGCCACUGGAUGACGAGGUACUCAAACAGAAAUGGGAGGAUGCCGUAAAACAGCGACAAGAUGCGACGAGCAAGUAUGAUGGGCGCUUGGGAUACGUCAAGUUUGAGGAUGUGAAGGCUAUUAAUGAUGCAUUGAGGGAUUAUGAUGCUUUGACCAAUUCUCUCGACGCUUUUAUUCAUAUUGAUGCCGAAAACUCGCGCUUCGUCUACGACUGGCGACAGGAACAGGAACGAACUCUCAUAGCCGCUAAAGGCACGGGUAUGACUGUAGAACAAGUCAAUCACUUCGUGGACGGAUAUUACCCCUCAUAUGAACUGUUCACUGAGACUCUACGCAAUGGUGUCUUUCGACCGACCGACGGCAGCGCAGAUGCGGAAUGGAGGGAUAGACAGCUUCGGUUGGUUGUUAAUAGGAACAGGAGGGUUCAGGAGGUGAUUCGUAUAUAA